AUGAUCACUAACCCGUGUAAGUAGAUAAGAUCGGUUAAGUUAAUAUAUAUUUAGUUGUAUAUAUACUAGUUACUUUUUCUGUUUAAAGCAAAAAAGUGAGCUAAUGACUGAUUUAUGACAUUGUUGUAGCCUCAAACGUAUGGCAUGAGCUGAUGGUCGUCUUCAUCCAAGCACCGGUCGAAUGGACGGCUGGUGUAAUGGUUGGUAUCUUCUUUGGUCUCAUCUUGUGGGUGGUACCUUCAAACGAGUCCCAGCACUUGGCCUUGGAAAGAGUCUGUCUGGUGCUUGUCGGUUCCAUGACAUUUAUGUUUGGUGCCGAAGCUUUGAAAGUGAACUCAAUGGGUGUGGUUACUGUAAUUACAGGGGCUAUUGUAGCUUCGCUUCGGUGGAAGUCAUACAAUCCUGAGGUCAGUGGAGAUUACUUUUAUGGUUACUGUGCUUGAUUUCGUAUCAUAAAAUUGAAGAUAUGUUUAUGUUAUAAUAGAUAUUGGGUUUGCAGAGUUACCUUACCGCUGCCCACUUCGAACUAAAUGAAUGGGAGGUAAAGUUACAUCAGAGUAAAGAAGAAAAGGUCUUGAAGCUUUUGUGGGAUUACAUGGUGGAGCCACUUAUUUUUGGAAUGAUUGGGUUCAUGUUCGGCUUGGACAAGGUAAGUUUACUUUCUACUACAAUAUGUGUUUAACAACACAUUUUACUACUGUUAUCAAUGAUUACAAUAUUAUAGAGAAAAUUUAAUUAAACCGAAAAUAUAAAGAUUGAUAACUCCACUUUAGGUGACCUUAUCAAUGACACUUUGGGGACUGUUCAUCAUACUAUUCGCAUUGGUUAUACGAACCGUGGUGACAUAUAUGACACUUAGUAACUCUGAACUAAACAAAAAGUUCAAAUUGUUCGUAGCUUUGUCAUGGCUGACUAAAGGGGCCAGUACUGCUCGACCUGGUGCUCACCAAUGGAUAAUUAUUACAAUAAAACUUCGCGGAAUUUUUCAGUUGCAGUUUAUGUUUUGA